GACCAACGACGCAGAGAAUCAGAGACAACAUCAAUAUUUCUGCCCCUGACCGGCCGCUAGAAUCGGAGGACGAACGAUGUCGAUUCUGUGGGAGAAGAGCGAAACGUGGAGGUGGAUUGUAAGGAAGACGAGGGACUCCAAGCCGUUCUUCCUCACCUUCGCCACCCUCUGCGGCGUCGUCCCUGGAGUUAUUGGUUACUGCGUUAUGCAGGCUACCAACUCCCGUAAUGAACAACUCGAGGCCCAGCUUCGCCAGAACGCCCGCCCCGACUCCCUUAUGAUGGGAAGAGUAAACCGAGAGAGACUGGCAGAAUACCUUGGGGAACUGCAGCGAAAAGAGGAUACAAAUGAUCGAUAUGUGGCUGCUCUUAGGGGAGAGACAUUGACGAGGAACCCUUAUCAGAGAAUUCAACCCAUUCCAAAGCAGAACAGCACAGUCGACAAGCAACAGAAGACCGAUAAGGCUUAAGUAAUUCGCGUUGGCAGCCAGAGGUCUAUUUUGACGUGAAAUUUUCUGUGACUGGAAGAGAAGAAGAAAGUUUUCUGUUGAAAAUGCUACUUAUUCUUGCCUGUCUUUUAAACUGAAAUGUUUUCUGUGGCUGGAAGAGAACGAGCAAGUUUCCUGUUCAAAUGCUACUUAAUCUUGCCUGUGUUCUGUACAGAGCUCAUCUAAGCUACUCCUGGAUAUUAACAGCAUCGUUCAAACUCUUUAUCUACCUGCUUUAUUUUGUUUCACUUCUCUCUUCUUUAAUUGAUUUGAAAUGUUAUUUUUUUCCUUUUUUAUUUUUAUUUGCUGGUAGUUGAUGGUUAUUCUU